AGCUUGCAUGCCGAUUCUCAGACAACAUAUGCGUUAAUUGUAGUACAUUUAUCACCACAGUUCUUAAGAGAUGGAAAGACUAGUUAUCUCUAGAUGAAGGGUAGGUUUCGUGUAUCUGAUUUGGAGGGUGAUGAGAAGAAGGGACUGGAUGAUUCUGAUGAUGGGCUGGUCUUUGUGACCAGUCAUGCAGAUGGCCAACCUCAAGAGGUACCAGUGCCCACAGUAACUUCACCGGCGAAUAGCAGCCCGACUCCAGUGAUAUCAACCCCAGCCACGAAUGAGUCCCUGCCCGUAUACAGAGCUGGUGCCACAGUCCCUCAUGCAAGCUCGGUUGGUUCUAAUCUGGCGGCGGGAUUGCAUAUAAACUCAGGACAGAGGAGGAUGAAUCAUGCCAAUUCCCAAAUGUACCGUACCAACCCUCCCCCGGCACAAACCCCACGAGGGCCCAGAACCAUGUCUCCGAGUGCAAGUAUGCUACUAGACUCGGCCAGCGAGGGUACCAUGCUAAUCGACACUGUGGACGCCAACUGGGCCCUGCGAUCGGUACACCGCGGAGCUAAAGAAAACAAACAGUUGUUGGAGGCGCUGCUCAAUGCUCAAAAGGGUGUGGCGGAUUCAUCAAUUGACUUCCAAGCGACCUUCACUGUACUUGACUCGGAACGAAAAUGUCGUCAUUUUAGCGGCAAGCAAGGGUUUAUCCAAGUCAACUUCGAGGCCAUGUUGGACACCGGCUUCUUUUGGAUUGAUGUCUGUGCACCGUCUCAAGCUGACAUGACUUUGAUUGAACAGGUCUUCGGUAUCCAUCCACUGACAAGCGAAGAUAUUCUCACCGAAUACACACGCGAGAAAGUGGAAGUGUAUGAUUCGUAUUUGUUCACCAUAAUGCAGACCUUCUCUUCUACGCAAGGGGAAGACGAACAAGCCGCUGUAAACAUGAACAUAGCUGUGUUCGAUACUUUUGCUAUAACCUUCCACGCUCGACCAGCGCAUGUGGUGAACGCAGUGAUCGGCCUCCUACAGAAAGAUACUCCACUGAGAGCAGAUUGGACGCUGAUGCUUAUUAUUGAUAACAUUGCGGACGAGCUCGAGCCGAUCACAAGGGCAGCUGAGGUGGAGGUGGAUGCCAUAGAUGAGAUGAUCUUCUACUUAGGGCAGAGAGACGCGGCUGACAUCCUUAGACGUAUAACUCAUAUUCGGAGGAGGACCAGCCGACUUAUUCGCAUACUGAAGCCAAAGAGAGAUAUCCUCUUGUAUCUUACCGGCCACGGCCGGAGUCCACCCCCCCAUGUCAAGAAGGACACAUUCUUGUAUUUUCGGGAUAUUUUAGAUCUGAUACACGAGAUGAUGGGGAAAAUAGAAGGGAGCAGGGAAACUAUCAAUGCUACUCAUUCUAACUACUUAGCACAGCUCAAUGUUGAGUUGGCCGAAGCAACGGCAGCAAGCGGGACUGCUCUGAACAGUUUAACAGUUGUGUCAACUCUCUUCUUGCCGCUAAAUUUGAUUGCUGGCUCCUUCGGUAUGAACGUAUUGGUACCCUUUCAGGAAGCGGACAGUUUGGUACCGUUCUUCUGUAUCGUACUUGCUAUGUGCUUGCUUUCUACUGUAUCCAUUUUUUGGGCCAAAAAGAAAAAGCUUAUGUGAAACACCUCACAAAAUUUUAGAAUAUGGAGAACGGCAACUUAGAUUUCAGCUAUCAAUCGGCCACCUGCAAAAUGUACAAUGGGCGUUCAAUAUUUGUGUACAUUUGAGCUGCACGAUGAGCCCACCAACAUUAAACCAAUAAAUCACAUCAAUUGUAUUUGGG